AUGCCACCUGCCAAACGACACGCCUCCGCUUCCACUGUGAGCUCCCCUCUAUCGAAUCCGCCGGGUGUCGCCGAGCCGCCAGCCAACCCUCCUGUGAUUGCGCCGGCCAAGUCGCCUGCCAAGUCACCAACCAAGACGUCUGUCCAGUCACCAACCAAGACACCGGCCAAGGCGCCGGCCAAGUUGCCCACACAAGCUGCUGCUAAGGCCCAGACGCCAAGAAAUAAACGUGCGAGUAAAGAGGUUGCUGCGUUUCCUGUACCGUCACUACGUCCUGUGCGUUCGUGUACUGUACGUGCAGAAGAAGUGGACAUAUCUGUUGGUGAUGACCGUCUAAACCCUGGCGACGAGGACGACUUUCAAGUCGAUGAAGGCGAUGAGUCUGAUGUUGAAGGUACAAGUGAAAGCUCAGCCUGUGGUGUAGUGAUUUCCAAGUAA